AUGGAUUAUCGUCUUAGAAUUGGUGGUGUUUUCAAUACCUAUACUCCCAUUGCCGUUCGUAAACUACAAGAAUUAGCAGUUACCUCUACUCGUUUACAUAUUCCACUUAUAUUUGGAUACGAUGUUAUUCAUGGUCAUCGAACCAUUUUUCCGAUCGCAUUAGGCCUGAGUAGCACAUGGGAUAUGAAGCUCAUUGAACAGAGUGCAAGGAUUGCUGCUCGAGAAGCAAGUGCUGACGGAUUACAAUGGACAUUUUCGCCCAUGGUUGACAUUGCUCGAGAUCCACGCUGGGGGCGAAUAUCAGAAGGAUCUGGUGAAGAUCCAUGGCUGGGAUCACAAAUAGCUAAAGCAAUGGUACGUGGUUAUCAAGGUGAUGAUUUAAUGAAAAAAGACACAGUAAUGGCAUGUGUGAAACAUUUUGCUUUAUAUGUUGGGGCCGAAGGUGGCAGAGACUACAAUACUGCCGAUAUGAGUCGUAUUAGAAUGUAUCAGGAUUAUUUACCACCAUAUCAAGCAGCCGUUGAUGCAGAUGUUGGAAGUGUGAUGACUUCAUUCAACGAAGUCGAUGGAAUACCUGCAUCAGCAAACAAAUGGCUUCUUGAUGAUUUAUUACGUCAUCAAUGGAAUUUCACCGGUUUUAUUGUGACAGAUUACACGGCUAUCAAUGAAAUGAUUGAUCAUGGCAUUGGAAAUUUAAAACAAGUAUCCGCUCGUGCUCUAAAAGCUGGUGUUGACAUGGAUAUGGUAGUUGGAGGUUUUCUUCGUACAUUGAGUGAAUCUCUCGAUGAGAAUGACAUCACCCAACAACACAUUGAUCGGGCUUGUUGGCGAGUAUUAGAAGCUAAAUAUAAAUUAGGUUUAUUCGAUGAUCCCUACCUAUAUUAUAAUGAAAUAGAAGUGCCACAGAAAUACUAA